CUCACUCUAGGCGUUGUUUUGUUGUUCAUUUCUAAGUUGCCGGACGAUUAGACCUCUCUCUCUCUCUCUCUCUCUCCGCCAUUUUUUUUUUUAUCUCCAAGUCUUCUCCUUCUUCUCCAUUCUUCAUCACCGGCUGCCGGAGUCCGCCGCUUGUUUGGCUAAAGAAUCACAUUAUUUCAGAAAACCAAUCCUUGCACAUUCUGCUCUGAAAAUGGACACAUUGCUGGUUCCUCGAUGGCUAGAGUCAUUACUAAGCACAGCUUUCUUCUCCAUCUGCCGAACACAUGGAGAUGCAGCCAGAAGUGAAUGUAAUAUGUAUUGCUUAGAUUGUAGAGGUGAUGCAUUUUGCUUCUAUUGCCGUUCUUCAAAGCACAAAGAUCAUCAAGUAAUCCAGAUAAGGAGAUCUUCAUAUCAUGACGUAGUGAGAGUUUCAGAGAUUCAAAAGAUAUUGGAUAUAAGUGGAGUUCAAACCUACGUGAUAAACAGUGCCAGAGUCUUGUUUCUGAAUGAGAGGCCACAGCCAAAAUCAGGGAAAGGAGUUGCUCAUACUUGUGAAAUUUGUGGGAGAAGUCUUUUGGACCCAUUUCGUUUUUGUUCAUUGGGAUGUAAGCUUGUAGGAAUAAAGAGAAAUGGAGAUGCAAGCUUUACCUUAGAGCCUAAGAAUGAAGAAUUAAUGGAAAGAAGAGAAGAUGAAGAAUUGCGUGAAGCUUCUUCACAACAAGACAUUUAUCCACCUACGCCUCCUCCACCUCCUGCUUCAAGUGCAAGAAGAAGAAAAGGUAUCCCUCAUAGGGCUCCAUUUGGGUCUUAAAAUUUUUUUAGCAUAUAUAUAUAUAUAUAUAUAAAUUUCUUGCACAAAUUACUCCUCCAAAUUCCAAAUUCCCUCCUCUCAUGGGGUCACUUGUCUUAACUAAAGAAAGUGUAGGGUACCCUUUUGGUUUAGGGUGUCCAAAAAACCAAAAGGCUUAGUAAGUUACCCUUUUGUGUUUUGGGUCCCACACAAGAAAAAGAAAAUAUAUUAUAUAUAUAUAUUAUAUAUGUUGUGAAGAAGCAAUAAUGCAGAAUUGUUAUUGAGAGUUGCAAGGUGUACAUGUCAUUAAGAAAUUAAAAAGCAAGUGAUUGUUGUGGUGGUGGAGUCCUUCGUUUUAUAGUUAUCAUGGGCCCACCAACCACAUGGGCAUUUUACAUAAAGAAAACAUCUUUUUAUUUGUUUAUUUUCAUUAUUAUUACUAUUAUUUAUUUAAUUUUAAUUCAAUUUUGUUGUACC